GGACCCCAGUCUUCACCAACAUCCUGACACCCUGACCUAACGCUCCAACUUUCUGUGGUACCUGAAUGUCUGAGGUGAGAUGCGACGACUAUGGAGAACUACUACGGAUGAAGAACCCUGCAAAUCCCACAGAGCAUCCCUCAAUCCUCCUCUCCUCUUGACAAGAACCUAUCUAUAGGCAUCCCACACAUGUUGUACCUACCACGCCAACAUCCACACUCUUUCUAGUCUUUGCUUGGUGAUUGCACGCCUCAUAUAGCGGGAGCUGAUAUGCUUCAAUACCAUCCUUAGUCAUCCCGAGCAACAUCCACACUCGUUCCGCUGUCCUGCGAUCGAUGCGACAUCUGCAUCUCUGUUUGGUCGACUUGUUCAUGGAUUGAUGACUGAGACACAGGCGCGGCGUCCACCUGUGGCGCCCAAGCCGCCAUUCAUUCAGCAGAAUGCUGGACGAAAUGCGGCAUCUCCUUCCAACUCGCCAGUGGCUUCUCCUGCUCUCCGCGGUGCUGCAUCUGCCUUUGGGCCCAGUUCCUUGAAACCUCAAAAGCCUGUCGUUUCUCCUCCUCAGAACCCUUCCGCUGGUGCUCUGGCAGCUGCCGCAGCUGCCGGUAAGAAACAACAGGCCCAGGCUUCGACUUCAGCCUCGGUCCAAAAGAGCCCUUCGAUACGGACCCAUGAUAGUGGAACGACUGCUAGAGGCAGGCCCUUGACAACGGAUCACCUCGCCGCACCAUCCUCGUCGUCAUCCCAUCACUCCUCAGUUUCGCCCUCGAAAAGAAACUUCCAACCUCAUCCCGCACGUCCUACAUCUACCGUGGCCGCUGUCGUUGCCUCCUCCAGCACAAGCCCAGUCAGAAGGCCUGCUCUGGUACGAAACAAGUCUGGGUCACACUUGUCAACACCAGAAAAUCCCCCGGUCAUGCGUGCACGUGGGUUGAGUACCAACAGUUCUCAUGAAUCUCCACAACGGCCGCCUAAGAAUCACGAUGCCCUUGCUGGUGCUUUAGCCUCUAUGACCACCGGAGGAAGCUCGGUGGCUCCUCAAAAGACUGGCGAAAGACCGAAGCAGGAGCUGGGAUCUAUCGCACAAUGGAACCCUCAAGCAGCGCAGCUAUCUCAUCCUUCACCGAUAUCAAGUCCUUCCCCAUCCGGAGCCGCCGCCGCAGCCACAGCCACUAGAAAUGCAUCAGCCUUUGAGAUGGCUCGGAGGACGUUCUCCCCACCUACAGAUCUUCCCCCGACCGACACGCGCCCACGAGCACUUCCUCAGGCAUCAUCAGCAGCUCUCGAUUCAGUUCCGCCAAGUAUCAAAAGCACUCCUCCACAGACCGACUCUGAGACCGAUGCGGUCCGCUAUGCAUCAGAGCCGAGUCACAAAACCUUACCAGCUCCGGUGGCUGUACGUCCUGACCGAGCUGCCGUGGCUGCUCAGGAACAAGCAGUCCUCAACAACAACACCCAGACCGCGAAUCGGGAGUAUUUGAAACAAAGAUCUAUCAACGCUCUAGCGGACGCCAUGGUCGCCGGAUCAAUAGCGUCAUCCCAUGCCCCUUCACGGAUCCAGUCACCCGCCGUGCCUCCACCACCACCCAAACCCCGACGACGAUCUCGGUCCGUAGGAAUCUUCGACUCUGUCGGCAUCCAUCACCGCCACCUCCACGGGCCCAGCAAACCAUCCGACAAAACCCCUCCUGACCCACCACCCCCAAGAACCAUGCGGCAAACGCUCCGUCAUAAACCCCCCGGCGAUGACAAAUCCGCCGACGAACCCACCAAACGAGGUCGAAAACACUGGCGCCGUCAUCCAAACAUGCACCACGAAGGCGACCGCAAACGCUGGCGCGACAAAAUCACCGAACGCGAACGUAAACGCUACGAAGGAGUUUGGGCCGCAAACCGAGGACUCUUCUUCGACCAAGACAUCCUCGACGACUCUGACGGUGGUGGUGACAACGCCAACGCCAACGCCAACGCCAUCAGAGAUAACUCGAACGACAUGGUAAUGAACGUAGUCGUUCGCGAUAUCUGGAACCGUAGUCGUCUUCCUCGAGAUAUAUUAGAGGAAGUUUGGGACCUGGUCAGUCCGCCGGGAUCCAAGGCGUUGAAUCGAGAGGAGUUUGUGGUCGGCAUGUGGUUGAUUGAUCAACGUCUCAAAGGUAGGAAAUUGCCCGUCAAGGUCUCGGCGAGUGUAUGGUCGAGUGUCAGACAUACGACUGGAGUUAAGAUCUCGAGUAAACCGAUACCCAAAUAAAUACAUAGUUUAAUAUCAUAGGAUUAUUCCCGUUGA